AUGGAGCAGAAGAGCGUGUUGUUCUCAGCCUUAGGGGUUGGUGUUGGGUUAGGACUCGGGCUAGCAUCUGGUCAAGGUUUAGGUAAAUGGGCAAACGGGUCAGUUUCUGCAGAAGAUGGUCUAACCGGAGAAAAGAUUGAACAAGAGUUGAUAAGGCAAAUUGUUGAUGGAAGAGAGAGUGGUGUCACUUUCGACGAGUUUCCUUAUUUCUUAAGCGAGAAAACUAGGCUUCUAUUAACAAAUGCAGCUUAUGUCCACUUAAAGCAAUUUGAUAUCUCUAAGCACACACGUAAUCUUGCACCUGCGAGUAAAGCUAUUCUACUCUCUGGACCUGCAGAGUUUUAUCAGCAAAUGCUUGCAAAAGCAUUGGCUCAUUACUUUGAAUCAAAACUAUUACUACUAGAUGUCACAGACUUCUCUAUUAAGAUUCAAAGCAAGUACGGAUGCGUCAAGAAGGAACCUUCUCACAAGAGGUCUAUUUCUGAGUUAACGUUGGACAAAAUGUCUAAUCUAGUGGGAUCUUUCUCUAUGCUCACCCAAGGAGAAGCACAAAGAGGGACCUUGCGUAGGCUCACUAGUGGCAACGAUCUUACCUCAAGGGGCUUUGAAGGUUCAAGUAAUCCUCCAAAACUCAAGAGAAACGCUUCUGCUGCUUCUGAUAUUAGUAGCGUUUCAGGUUCAAGCAAACGCAGUACAAACUUGUGUUUUGAUGAGAGACUAUUCCUUCAGUCACUUUACAAGGUCUUGGUAUCAGUUUCGGAAGCCAAUCCUAUUAUAAUAUACCUAAGGGACGUUGAGAAGCUUCUUCAGUCAGAGAGGUUCUACAAACUGUUCCAGAAGCUCUUGUCUAAGCUUUCAGGACCUGUUUUACUUCUUGGGUCAAGACUAUUAGAGCCUGAAGAUGAUUGCCAAGAAGUAGGAGAAGGCAUCUCUGCUUUGUUUCCUUACAACAUUGAGAUCAAACCUCCAGAGGAUGAAUCUCAACUCAUGAGCUGGAAAACAAGAUUUGAAGAUGACAUGAAACUGAUUCAGUUUCAGGACAACAAGAACCAUAUUGCUGAGGUUCUUGCGGCUAAUGAUCUAGAAUGUGAUGACUUAGGUUCUAUAUGCCAUGCAGAUACCAUGUUCCUAAGUAGUCACAUUGAGGAAAUUGUGGUUACAGCAAUCUCUUACCAUCUGAUGAACAAUAAAGAACCUGAAUACAAAAACGGAAGGCUUGUAAUAUCUUCCAACAGCUUAUCCCAUGGACUGAGUAUAUUCCAGGAAGGUCAUAGACUUGAGGACUCCUUGAAGAUGGACAGAAACUCUGAGUCCAAGGGAGAAGAAAGUGAAGGGAUGAUAAAUAGUGAGCUCAAAUCUGAGUCGAAUCCUUCAGCAAAGAAUGAAUGUCCCCUACCUCCAAAAGCACCAGAGGUGCCUCCUGAUAAUGAAUUCGAGAAACGCAUAAGACCAGAGGUUAUCCCUGCAGAUGAGAUUGGUGUGACAUUUGCUGAUAUAGGUUCACUAGAUGAAACCAAAGAAUCACUUCAAGAGCUUGUCAUGCUUCCUCUUCGUAGGCCUGACCUGUUCAAAGGUGGUCUUCUCAAACCAUGCAGAGGAAUCCUCCUCUUUGGACCACCUGGUACUGGGAAAACCAUGAUGGCAAAAGCCAUUGCCAACGAAGCGGGAGCUAGUUUCAUAAACGUUUCCAUGUCCACAAUCACUUCAAAAUGGUUUGGAGAAGAUGAGAAGAAUGUGAGAGCUUUGUUCACACUAGCAGCCAAAGUGUCGCCAACUAUAAUAUUUGUGGAUGAAGUUGAUAGCAUGUUGGGGCAGAGGACUAGAGCUGGAGAGCAUGAAGCUAUGAGGAAGAUUAAAAACGAGUUCAUGACACAUUGGGAUGGGCUUAUGUCGAGUCCAGGUGAUAGGAUUCUUGUUCUUGCAGCAACAAACAGGCCUUUUGAUCUAGAUGAAGCCAUCAUUAGGAGGUUUGAGAGAAGAAUCAUGGUUGGUCUUCCAUCAGUGGAGAGCAGAGAGAAGAUCUUGAGAACUUUACUGUCAAAAGAGAAAACAGAGAAUCUUGAUUUUCAAGAGCUUGCACAGAUGACAGAUGGCUAUAGUGGAAGUGAUCUCAAGAACUUUUGCACAACAGCUGCAUAUAGACCAGUGAGGGAGUUGAUAAAGCAUGAGUGCUUGAAAGACCAGGAGAGGAAGAAGAGAGAGGAAGCAGAGAAGAGUAGUGAAGAGGGAUCUGAAGAAAAAGAAGAAGCAUCUGAGGAGAGAGGCAUAACGCUGAGAAGUUUGAGCAUGGAAGACAUGAGAGUAGCUAAAAGCCAGGUUGCUGCUAGCUUUGCAGCAGAAGGAGCAGGUAUGAAUGAACUGAAGCAGUGGAAUGAUUUGUAUGGAGAAGGAGGCUCCAGGAAGAAGGAACAGCUCUCUUACUUCCUUUAG